CCUCUUAAAAGAAAAAUGGCGUCACCCGUCUGUUCUUCACGUUGGCGGUCCCUCAUCAUGACGGUCCUGGGUGUUGUCCUGAUGGUGUUUUGCUCUCAAGUGUGCUCUGCUCUCCUCCCUGUGUCUGGGCUGUAUGGGGACACAGUCGCUCUGCCCUGUGAUGGGAGCUCCUACAGACUCACUCCUGAGGAGAUGAAGAUUGUACUGUGGCAGACCGGCAGGCACCGUGUGCUGGAGUUCUACAGUGGCCAAAUCCACACUUACCCAGGGUUCAAGAACAGAGCUGAGCUGUCCAGAGAGAGGAUCAAAGAUGGAGAUUUCUCCCUGAUCCUUCAUAACGUGACGUUCUCGGAUCAAGAUGUCUACGAGUGUCGAAUUGUGGAUGACAACAGCUACAGGAAAUUCCUGGGAGAUGUGAAGCUCACAGUUCUAGGACACGAGGACAACAUCAGUCUCUCCUGUGGAGACCCCCUCAGUGUCCCUCUGCGCACACAGCAGGCUGUAGAGCUGUGGUUCAGGCCUGAGGGGGGAGAGUCUCGCAGGCUGUGCUCUGUGCUCGACAGCACUGUGACCCCAGACUCCAGCAGGCUGAAGGUUCAAGACCAGGUGCUGAAGAUCUCCAGUGUGAGAGCUGAAGACGGGGGCACUUACACAGUGCAGGACUCCCAGGGGACCCCCAUCAGCACUGUCCACGUCACUGUGGGAGCUCGAUCAGAAGUCCUCACCCUGCAGUCUGGAGACAGUCUGACUCUC